AUGCCUGCUGGCCCCAAAUCCCACAACGCAACCCACAACGACCCGAUACGUCCUGGGCUCUGCUCAGCGGGCACACCCCGGGCAACCGUCUCCACCGGCGGGCUAAACCAGGUGAGGGUAUCCGUGCGUGCACCUGCACUCGCAGUACUGCGGUCUGCGCUGGCCGGUGGAUCUUCCCGUCGACAUCGUCGUGACGAGGCUCUGCCUGAACCAUCGCAGGAGGCCACCAGGUAAGUUCUUCCUCAGGUAAGUGCAUUUGCUCUGUUUCUUCCUUUGUUUGUUGAAGUUCCGUGUCGUAUGCUGCUCUUGCUGCCUGCCCUCUGUAUGCUAGUCUGUCUGUUAAUAGCUAGAUGAAAGUCUCGAUGCCUUCUGCGACUGUCUGUCUGUCAACCUAUGCCUCUCUCUACUAAUAGCUAGGUGUUACGAUGCUUGACACUUGAAUGGUGCCCUCUCACUUCUGUCUCUGACUGAUGACUGUGUCUGCUUGUCGACUCUAGUUCUAAGUCCUAUAGCGUUUGGUCGCGUGUAUGCUCUCUCCUACUUCACUCCAUCACAUCACCACCAAGGUCCCAGGCUAGUCCGGGUCGUUCUCUCACUAACAAAAAGUCGUGGCCCAUAGUGGAGUCCGGCAGCCGUCUGGGAUAACCGGGCAGCCCUGUUCAGGGAUGCGUUGCCUGCCCUCGCAAGGGGGAGGGGGCUAGAAAAGGUGCCCUAAAGAUCGCUGGGAACCACGCUGUCUGUAGGCUGGCCGUGGCCGCAGACAAAAAACACACGGUCGAAACAGCCAAAACCGAAACAACAACAACAAUCACUCUCUUCCUCUUCCAGCCUAUUCUUCUUCUCCUACUCCUAAAUUUCAUCGCCGCAGUCGCCAGACUGGCAGGGUGAACCCGCUCACUCUGGCAGCCUGGAAUGUUCGUUCCCUUUUAGACAAUCUGAGGAGCAACCGACCGGAACGGAGGACGGCGCUAGUGGCACGAGAACUGGCGCGCUACAAGGUGGACAUCGCCGCACUCAGCUAGACCCGAUUCUCCGAACAAGGCCAACUGGAGGAGGUGGGUGCCGGCUACACCUUAUUCUGGAGUGGUCGACCCAGGGCAGAGAGACGAGACGCGGGCCUCGCCUUCGUCAUCCGGAACGGCAUCGUGGGGCGACUGCCCAGCCUGCCGCAGGGAAUCAACGACCGCCUGAUGAGCCUCCGUCUGCCUCUCUGCCGGGGUGAGGGCGAAUUCGCCACCAUCAUCAGCGCCUAUGCUCCGCCUUUGACCAGCCCCGACGCCGUCAGAGACAAAUUCUGCGAGGACCUGCACACCCUCUUGGCGACUGUGUCGAAGGCGGACAAGUUGAUUGUCCUUGGUGACUUCAACGCCCGCGUCGGCACAGACCAUACUACCUGGAGAGGAGUGCUGGGUCACCACGGUCUCCGCGGCUCCAACGAAAAUGUUCUGCUGCUUCUCCGCACCUGCGCAGAACACCGCCUCAUCCUGACGGACACCUUCUUCUGUCUGCCGGAGCGAGAGAAGGCCACCUGGAGGCAUCCUCGGUCGCGCCAGUGGCACCUGCUGGACUAUGUCCUCGUCCGGAGGCGAGAUCAGCGGGACGUGCUGGUGACGAAGGCGAUCGCGGGUGCUGACGGGUGGACCGACCAUCGCCUCGUCAUCUCGAAGAUGCGUAUUCGCCUACAGCCUCGCAGGAGACCACAAGGUAAGCGACCCCCAGGUAAGCUGAAUGUUGCUUUGUUGUCUUUGCCUGCUCACCGUCUCCAUUUCAGCAAUGAGCUAGCUCAACGGCUAGAUAACCUUCCUAUCGCUGCCGCCGCCGACGACGCCGCCGAUGCCGAGAACGCCUCCGUGGAGAACCGCUGGUGUCAACUGCGAGACACGGUCCAGUCGACGGCGCUCGCCGUCCUCGGUCGCGCUCCCCGCCAACACCUGAACUGGUUCGACGACAACGACGCCGCCAUCUGA